GUUCAAUUUUCCAGUGGAAUUGACGGUAGCUUUGGGGUCGUAGAUCGAAGUGAAGCUUUGCAGUAGUAGAUAGGCGUUAGGGUAGAAGAGCGAUGGGAAAAGUUUCGCCGAAAGAGAAGAGUUGGAAGAUUCCAGAAGGAAGAAGAAAGUUACAGAGCUCCGUGAAUAAGUAUCCGAAGCCGGAAACUCUUGCUAAUUAUCUAAUGACUGUGGUUCACAGUGGUAUUGCAGAUCAGUUGCCGCUUUCGGAAAUAAUAUUAAGUGAUAUGAUCCGGAGGUUCCUUGUGUUUUAACAUCAUCGUGAAUUCUUGAAGGAUCAUGUUCUUUUUAAGAGAGUCUUGGAUGAGGCUACUGGUGCAAAUCUUCGCUCCAUAAUACAUGCAAAUGAUGACUUUGUUCUUUCUCUGUUGAAAGAUAAAACUACUUUUAUCCCGGAGUUGUUUGCUGGGUUAAAGUCUCCCACCACCUCUUAAGAAUCAAAGAAGAACUUGGGGGUUCUCCGAUCUCAGUUACAAACUGCAAAUGAAGAGACUGAAAUUAAGAAAAGCGUACCAGCUUGCAAGCAAAAAUGCCACCAAUAAAGGAAGUAUAUGGAAUCAGAGGGUCUGCUGACAAAAUAUUCCUUCACGAACAAAUUAGCUUGGUUCUGGUCCAGGGACAUAGCCGCCCUUCCUUAACAAGCCGAUGCAUUCCCCAUCCGGGGGGCUGACUGGUUGGACCUGCAUGUAAAUUUGAUCUAAAGUCAAAUGUGUCGGUGCUGAUCCGAGCUUUGCGAAAUCGAAGCGAGUCACAGAAGUUUGAAUAAAUUUUGAGGAUAUAACGGCUUGUGGACCUGCUCUGAAGUCAAAGUAAGCCCACAUCAGUUCAAAUUAAUUUCGAGCAUGUGCAAUUUAUGAAGCUGCUCCAAUCUAUAUGGGAACGAUGUGGUUGAUAUAUACAUAUUGACCUCAGUAAAGUCAACGAUGAAAGAUGGAUCAUCUAAUUAUUUGGUGUUCUCAAUUGGCGAAGUCACCUCGUAUGAAGGCGUGGCUAAAGCAGCAAGUAUUGAUUCCCCUACUGGAGUAUGAGGCAAGAGUUCGGACACUAGAAGGUGCUGUUCAGAAUCUGAAGAAAGCUAAAGAAAAACUUCAACACAAAGUUGAGGAGGAAGAAAGAUAUGGGAGAGGAAUUCACGAAGAUGUUAAAAAAUGGAUAGAAGGGGUGGAUGAAAUCAUUUCUGAAUAUGAUCGCUUCAAUGGGGAUGAAAGUAAGGAACUUGCCAUAUUUGACUUGUUUACAAGUUGUUACCUUCCUAAGCCGGGGAUAAGGUAUCGUCGAAGUAGAGAAGCAUAUGUUAUUAAUGGGAAGGUUAAUGGACUACUGCAAGCAAAGCAUGACACGCUUUCUUGUUGGCUUGGCCCACCCUCCAUGGCUGCCUUUUUUUCUAACAUUGGCUAUGAAAGCUAUCAUUCGAGAGCAAAAAUAGUGAUUGACAUUAAGGCAGCAUUGGAAGACCCAAAAGUUAGAAUGAUUGGACUUUAUGGUUUAAGUGGUGUGGGUAAAACCACUUUAGUCAAAGAAGUUGCUAAGGAAGCCUUAGAAGAUAAGGCGUUCGAUGUAGUGACUAUGGCAAACAUAACCAGAAAUCCUGAUAUUAGAAAAAUUCAAGGACAAAUUGCUGAUAUGUUGGGGAUGAAAUUGGAUGAGGAAAGUGACGUUGCAAGAGCUGCUCGAAUUCAAGAGACGUUAAAGAAUGGGAAAAAGAGCACACUUAUAAUCCUAGAUGAUCUUUGGGCUAAAUUGGACUUCAAUAUGUUGGGGAUUCCAUCCGAGAAUGAUGACCUGAAGAAUGUCAAAGAAGAAAAAUCCCCUGAGGCUUCCAGUAUUGGGAAAACAGAAGAAGCUUUAAAUAAGAUGAAUUUAAAAAAUCUCUUGGGUACCCCCAAUAAGGUGAAAACAGAAGAAACUCUUGGUCGUUUCAAAGGGUGUAAAGUUUUGCUGAUUUCUGAAACCAAACAAGUGUUAUUGAGUCAGAUGGAAGGACAGGGGAACUUUAUUUUCUUGGUGGAAGCCUUACAAGAUAAGGAAGCAGAUACUCUGUUCAUGAAUAAGGCUGGAAUAAGUGGUACGAAUUCUAAAUUUACAAAAUUAGCUGCUCAAAUUGCCAACAAGUGUCAAGGGUUACCAAUGUCGAUAGUUACAACUGCAAGGGCAUUAAAAAAUCAGAGCCGCUCGGUAUGGGAGGAUGUUAACCGAAAGCUUGAAUGGCAAAAAUUAACAGGAGCGCCUGAGUUUUCAACAAAGUUGAGUUAUGAACUUUUAGAAAAUGAAGAGCUCAAGUACACUUUCUUACUUUGUGCUCGCAUGGAUCAUGAUGCAUUAAUUAUGGACUUGGUCAAAUACUGCAUUGGGUUAGGUUUUCUUCAAGGAGUCUACACAGUGAGGGAAGCUAGAGAUAGAGUAUAUGCAUUGGUUGGAAAGCUAAAGGAGUCUGGUUUGUUGUCUAACAGCUAUUCAAGUGAUCAUUUCACCAUGCAAGAUGUUGUUCACAGGGCGGCUUUGUCAAUAGCAUUCGAGGAGGAGAAGCAUGCAUUUACAAUGACAAAAGGAAAAGUAGAUGAAUGGCCUGAUGAGGGUAAACUUAAAAGCUCGAUGAAGGAGAUUGUGGAAACUCAAAGCAACACAGUUGAAAAUGAGCUUCUAAACUUUCCUGAAUUACGCUAUUUGACGCUGCAAUCUUUAUAUGAACUUAUUGGGUUCUAUCCCAUUUCAUCAACCGAAGGAGAAACUAGCAAAAUACUAUUCCAUGAAAAGAUUGUCUUUUCCAAAUUAGAGAGAAUGGAGUUGUCCUUGAUGCAAAUCGAGAAAAUCUGGAGUGACCAACUUUCACUAAGUUCCUAUUUUCAAAAUUUGAUACACUUGGAUGUGAAUGGUUGUUGGAAUUUAGAAUAUUUAUUACCAUUUUCAAUGGCCAAGAGUCUAGUGAAUCUUCAAAGUCUUUUCAUUAGUGAAUGUGACAAGAUGGUAUGCAUCUUUCCCCAAGGGAAAGGUUCCCUUGCUACAAUGGAGGGUAGCAUCUUUCCAAAUUUGAAGAAUAUCAAACUGAGGAGCAUGAAGAGUUUGAGUGAGAUAUGGAAUUCAAAAGUGUCUUCAGAUUCUUUUGGCAAACUGGAUACUCUAAUAAUUGAGGAGUGUGAUAAAUUAGACAAAAUUUUUCCUUGUUAUGUGGAGGGAAUAUUUCAGAGUCUAUGCAACUUGAGGGUUACUAAUUGCAAGUCAUUGAAAGCGAUAUUUGAACUAGACAAUGAAAAACGACAUGUUGGGCACGAAACCAACUUGCAAGAUGUUCAUUUAGAAACACUCCCAAAGUUGAAGCAGAUAUGGAAAUGGAACAAUGACCAGGAAGGGAUUCUUAAUUUGUACAAUCUGCAAAAGAUUGGGAUUCAUGAUUGUGACAGCCUAGAAAAUAUAUUUCCAAUUUCUGUAGCGAAGUGUUUUUCCAAUCUUGAAUACCUUGUGGUGCUGGGUUGCUCUCAAUUGAGGAAAAUUGUUGCCAAGGGAGAAGGAUAUUGUGUAUUAAGAUGCCCAGCAUUGACUGACCUGUCUAUUGAACGUUGUGACAAGUUGGAACCAUUCAAAAAAGAAAUUGCUGAUGCGCAAAGCAAGUCAGUCCUCUUUCCUGAAGAGGUAAUUAAUAAGUUGAAGUCCAUGCAAAUUGAAUCGUGGCAUGCAAAGUCGUCAAGCAGCUACAUGGGCGACGGGAACUAUCGAAUGGACAACUUAGAAGAGCUUCACCUAUAUAGAUUAUCAGAUACCAGUAUUCUAUAUUCUUUACUUCAUAGGAAUCCUAAUCUGGAAAGCAUAUCAUUGAAUAAUUGUUUCUUUAAAGAGAUAGUGCCUCUCGAAAGUUCUCGUGAAAAUGAAAAUGUGGGGGUCGUUCCUGAGUUGAAAAGCUUGAAGUUAAUAGAUUUACCUCAUCUUCAGAAGAUAGGCUUUGAACGAGACAUAGUUCUACAAAGGAUAAAGUUCUUGAUUUUAAAGACAUGUCCUUGUUUGGUCACUAUUAUGCCUUCCUCAAUAUCUCUCACUCACUUGACAAAUCUAGAAGUGACUAAUUGUAAUGGAUUACAAAAUUUAAUGCCACCAUCGACUGCGAAAAGCUUGAUUCAGCUUAGCACAUUGAAGGUAAUUAAAUGUGAAUCUCUGAAGGAAAUUGUAUCAGAGCAAGGAAAUGGAGAAGAACAUGGAGGCAAAGUUGACAUUGUUUUCAGACAAUUAAAAAUUCUAGAACUUGUAUCACUGAAGAGCCUCGAAUGUUUCUGCAGCUCCAAGAGUUAUGCUUUUGAGUUUCCGUCAAUGGAGAACUUAGUAGUGAGUGCAUGCCCCAAAAUGGAAACUUUCUCAGCAGAAGUCAAAAGCACACCAAUUUUACGAAAAAUAUAUGUGGUGCAGGAAAAAGAGAAGAAGAGAUGGUAUUGGGAUGGUGAUUUAAAUCAUACAAUAAAAAAAAUGUUCGUGGAAAAGAUGGAGAAAACUGUGAGAGAACCACCAGAGCGAUCAUCGGAGGAGGAAGACAUACUAAAGCGAAGUAAUAAACGUAAUAAAGAUCGUGGAGAAAAAUUCUCACAUGAUGUAUCAAUGGUUCCUAGGGAGGAAUCCUGGAUGAAGGACCAAGAGGAGGGUCGAAUUUCAUGGAAGGAGAUGCUGCAACGUCAUAAUGGAGAGAAGAAUGAUGAGGAGGGUGCUGAUACUCUUGAAGGUGAGAAUUUGCAGGGUGAACCAGCUGAGGAAGAAGACGUUAAUUUUGGGGGCAUAAAGAUGUGGGUGGAAGAGGAUGGAAAGACUCAUUUUGGUUGCACUAAGAGAGGAAGAAGACGCUUGCAUAGAGUGUGGGAAAAAGCUUUGAUUGUUAAGCUGCUGGGCAGGUCUACAGGUGUCUCGUUCAUGAAGAAAAAGAUCGAGGAGCUAUGGGGAAGGAAAGGAAAAGUGAACGUCACAGAUAUUGGGAAUGAGUUUUAUGUGGUUCAAUUUAGUGAUGAUGAAGACAUGGAAUUUGCUCUAAGUGGAGGCCCUUGGGUUGUCCUAGGUCAUUAUCUGUCCUUACGUAAGUGGGAACCCAACUUCAGGCCUAAUGCUGAGGGCAUAUCAAAGAUAGCAGCUUGGAUCCGCCUUCCUAAUAUUCCAUUGGAAUUUUAUGAUGAAGUUUUCUUUCGUAGGGUGGGUAACUGGAUAGGGAAGUUAAUAAAGAUUGAUAGGACUAAAAACCUUCAUGCUAGGGGUCGCUUUGCAAGGAUCUGUGUUGAACUAGAUUUGGCUAAACCUUUAAAAGGAGAGUAUGUUCUUGAGGGAGUUUUGAAGCAUAUAGAAUAUGAAGGUCUAGGGCUCAUUUGUUUCAACUGUGGAAAGUAUGGCCAUAGCAAGGAUUGUUGUUCUGAGAUUGUUCAAGAACAGAUCGUGGUGAAUGAAUCUCAUCCUUCUGGGGAUGGUGAAGCUGAUAAAGUUGAAGAUAACCGGAACGGUUUUGGCCCUUGGAUGGUGGUUAAUCGCCAACGCCGCCCUAGAAGCCAAGCUGCUACCCAAGAUGGCAGAACGCCGAUGACUUCGAGAAGAAUCACUCAACGUGAUUUCGGGGAGAAUACUGCGCAAUCAAAGCAGUUAUCAGUGCAAUCAUAUCAGCCUGUUUUAAAUGCAGUAAAUACAAAAUCACGUUAUGACAGUUUAAUGGUGAUUGGGGAUUUGAAUCAAGCUGAGCUGGAAGUGAUUAAUGAGGAGCCUAAUCAUGGGCAUAAUCCCAGCGUAAUUAAUGACCAAAAAUCAAGGGGAAUUGAGGGAGCCAUCAGCGUAAAAAAUAAUGGCAUCAUUAAUAGUGGUUUAAAAGGUUUUAAUCGAAAAGAUGCCUCGAGUCAUUCUAGCAUUGAAUUGGAAGAACAUGCAGAUAGGUACAUCCUUGUUGGGGGACCCUCAAAUGAUAGGGUAGCCUCUAAAAAUGUUCCUAUGCCUUCAAAAAAAGAGGAUUUGGCCAAUAAUAUAGGGCUACGUCAUAAAGCUAUUGCUAAAAUUCAGAACCAGCAUUUGACUACCCCUAUGUUACUUGUAGAUAGGCAAGUUGUGUUGCCUCCUGUUCAAAAUACAGCAAUGGAAGUGGAUCAGAACGUGGGGGACCAAAGUGGAAGUGAUAAUGGUUUAAAAUAUCCUAAAGCUCCGGAUCCUAAUAGGACUUUGGUCACUACCCAUUCGGAUGCGUCUAUUUUAUCGCAUCACAUGGAGGUUGAUAAAGGAGGUAUAAAUGAAGAUAAUGUUGAAAUUGUUAAGGGGUCAGCAGGGUACCAGGAACCUGCAACCCUUAUGGUUGAUUGA